UCUGGGAAGUCUCCAUGCAAUUGGGCGAAUAACUUAACGAAGCAGAUCCUCACAUUCAAAGAACUCGCCAAAUCAUUCGAAAAUCAGCCAAGUUCAUGGGUGAUUGGAUCCACCCAGAAGCAAAAUCUGGCAAAUCUCUGUACCCGAAAGCUAAAGAUCUCUGAUUUCAAUACCCAUUAGCGAAAAGCUCCCAACUUUUCUCAUUCUUUCCCUGAUUGGCAUGGAAUUGAUCUAUUCUUCUUCUUCGUCUGCUUCUUUGAUCGUUAGAAAUUCAGCUCUGUGUUUAACCCUAGUUUCCAUUCUCGUCUUCUUCUUCCUCACGACACCUAUUCCCAGUUUCCCGGAUUACCCCUCGCGCUCCUCUGUAACCCCCAAUCGGUCCCUCCUCGACGAUUCCACUGUCACUACUUCUGCAAAUCAAUCGAGCCCUAAUCCUCAGUCUUCUUGUUCCUCUGGUAACCCCUACGAAAAUGGCGCCAUCGACUACUUCUCCCUCCAUUUCUGCGUCUUCAACCAGAACCCAUUCAUCACGAUCCCUGUUUUGUCUCUUCUCAUUCUCCUUCACUUCUACAUCCUCAUCAAAACCGCUCAGACCCACUUCUCCACCGUCACGACCAGGCUCGCCGAUCUCCUGAAUCUGUCUCCGAGCAUGGCGGCUGUGACCCUUUUGGCCCUCGGCAAUGGCGCUCCCGAUGUCUUCUCCUCCGUCGCCGCACUUCGCGGCGGUCAGUAUCGAACAGGCUUCGGAGCCAUCCUCUCCGCCGGAACUUUCGUCUCGGCGUUCGUCGUCGGCUUCGUCGCGAUCUACGCGGCGCCAUUUCCGGUAGACGCCGCGUCAUUUGUCAGAGACGUGUUGUUCUACUUGAUUGCCGCGUCGUUCUUGUUCUAUGUUUACCUGAGUGGCGAAAUAUUCGUGUGGCAAGCAAUUGGGUUUGUAGGGUUUUACGUGUUCUUCGUUGGAUUCGUGUUCUGGAUGGAUUUCGGUAUGAAUGUUGAGAAAGUGAAAAGAAAAGGGGCUGGAGAUAGUGAGGAAGAGAAGGAGUUGCUGAAUGUAAAGGAUUGUGAAGUUGGAUAUCUUGAGGAGAGUCCUGAAAUGGAGAAAGAACAGCGAGGUUUAGGCAUUUGUAGCCUUUGCGAAAUGAUCUCAAAGAUAUGGGAAACUCCUGUCUUGAUUCUUCUGAAGCUUACAAUCCCACAAACUUCUCCUUCUGAAUGGUCUCGGUUUUACCGAUCUGCCAACAUUAUCUUUUGCCCUCUGACCCUUAUAUAUGCUUGUAACUCUUUCAUACCGCUGAAUCACCCGAUAUCCUUCCUCAUCCCAAAUACCCAUCUCCCACUAUGGCUCGUAAUCCUCUUCAUGACCUCUUCCCUCGCUUUCCUUCACUUCACACUCGAAAAACACCCUCCCAAAACCGAGCAAAUGCCCGUCAUCAUUAUCGCCUUCAUAAUGAGCGUUUUCUGGAUAUCAACAAUAGCCGGAGAGCUUCUAAACUGCUUGGCUGCACUUGGAGCUCUCCUUAAACUUCCGCCAGCUCUCCUUGGGCUAACCGUUCUUGCUUGGGGAAACUCGGUAGGGGACCUUGUUGCUGAUGUGGCAGUUGCCAAGGCAGGUCGUCCAGCCAUGGCUAUGGCCGGUUGCUUUGCUGGGCCUAUGUUUAAUAUGCUGGUUGGACUUGGAACAGCAUUGGUGAUGCAAACAGCAAACGUGUAUCCAAAUGCGUAUGAGCUUCAGUUCCACUCUGGUAUUGUGACGGCUUUUGUGUUCUUGCUACUCAGUUUGAUGGGAUCUCUGUUGGUUAUAACUUGGUCUAGAUUCCGAGUUCCGAGAUUCUGGGGAUUCUGUCUUGUCGGCCUCUAUGUUCUUUUCACUUUGGUUAGUAUGAUCAUUGCUGGAUUUUCAACCUGAUGAUGAUGAUCCGUGCAAGGAGUUUUGUGGAUUGAAGGAAAAGCUGGUUAAGGUGAGAGAGUAUGUCCAUAACCAUCCGGUUAGCACGAGAAUUUCGGUUAAUUCAAGAACCCGGAACUUUUGGUCAAUCAAGAGUUUCAAGAACCAUUUUCGAGGAAUCGAUGGUCAGCACGAGAGUUUCGGGAAACCAACAGCUCAACUCAAGAAUUUCCAAUAACCGAAACUGGGGAAUUCAAGAACCGGUGUUGAGGCAUGUGCCGGUUAUGUCAAGAACUUCAGAAAUUUUCGACUAGAUCAUGGAUGUGAAGAACCGGUUAUGUGGGAGGGCCAGCCAGUUAACCGAGGCUGGUACGUGUAGAGAACCGGGGAAUCGGUAUGGUUUGAGAAAUGUGGAGUGGAGUGGAGUGAGGCGUGAGACUGAUAAUUUCUCAAUUAAAAUGCUGCAUUCAUAUA